AUGGCCGACGUUGAUAUGAAUGGAAGCGGCAAGGACUUUUCUUGGGCCGCCAAGUCUGUCGAAGGAUGGAUCAUUGCCGUGACCAACCUCCACGAGGAAGCUACCGAAGAAGAUUUGAAAGACUUUUUCGCCGACUUUGGACCUGUCAAGGGCUUGAACAUGCCCCUGAACAGACGGACGGGAUAUGUUAUGGGCUACGCGUUGAUCGAGUAUGAGACUAGACAAGAGGCGGAGAAGGCUAUUGCUGAGACGGACGGGACCCAAUUCCUCGAACAAACCAUCCACACCGAGUUUGCGUUCUCCAGGGCUCCCAGGGCAUCUACAAACCGCAGAGAAGGCAGGGGUAGGGAGUUGUCACCAGGGAGAUAA